CUCAUAAUAUGUCUGACCACGAAGCUGAUGAUCCGGCCUUAGCAGGUUUUGUUACACUUCAAAAGGAGCGUCUUCAAAGUCUAACGCGUCUGUAGCAGAACUGUAAGAAGGAUUCCGCGUCUCGCAAAUCUGAAAGCUAUUAUAAGAAGCACCUGCAGCAAAUCGAGAGUUUAAAUGCGGCUUUUGAGACCACCCAUCAAGUUAUCAUCUGCACCGAGGGAUAUGCCAAAACGGACUAUCACGCCAAGAAGAUCGCUGUCAGUUUUGAGGAUCUGUACAUGGAAACCUAUUGCCUUGUAGCUGAAGGCCAACGAAUAAAGUUCCCAGUGACGCCGUCCUCAGCCUCUGCACCAACCGCCGUGUCGACGGUUGCCGACGCACGUGUCCACAUGCCACAUCUGCCAGUACCCAAGUUUAGCGGAAACUGCGUGGACUGGCCAGGAUAUUAUGACGCCUUCACUCGGUUAAUUCAUCAAAAUGAGCGGCUGGACAACAUUCAACGGUUUCAUUUCCUCAAGGAAUCUCUGCCAGCUGGUUGCGAUAUUCGUCAAAUUCCGUUGACGGCCGCUAACUAUACGGUGGCAUGGGACACACUAAUUCAGCGCUAUAACAAUCCACGCGUGGUCUUCUCCAAUCACAUGAACAUGUUGUACCAGUUGCCAAGCAUAGGCAAGGAGAAGCCCGGUGAUAUUCGAUCUAUGAUCAGUGCAGUCAACGUCUGCGCAGCCGCCUGUAACACCAUCAACGCGUCGUUGCAGGACGGGGAUCACUGGCUCGCCCAUUAUUUGACUGCAAAAUUACCGAAAGAAACGCACUCCGUAUAAGGAUCUCGAACAGUUUCUCAACAACCGGUUAAUGAAAAUAGAAACUGUUCGGGCACCAACAAAUCUGGAUCAUCACUAGAUCAUCACACCACAAAACGUAUCUCGGUUUAUAACACCCACGCGCAACCAAGCCCGCCUGUGCUUCGUUGCCCACACUGCAAUGGUAAUCAUAUCCUUCGUCGAUGUCCGCGAUUCCUAAACUUGGAUUGCUACCAACGUAAGGAGGGCGUGACCUCCCACGCAACGCGACAGAAUAUCCUAUUAGCUACCGCACGGAUUAUUGUUUGCCACCCCCAGAGCGGCGCUCUAGCAUCAAUAACUGCCCUCAUCGAUCAGGGGUCGGAAGCUACAAUAAUCUCAGAGCAUACCGUCCAAGCUCUCCAACUUCCACGAUGCAGAAUCCGCGCUUCGAUCGCCGGCGUCGGCCAAACUACUGGUCAACGGUGCAACUUUGCGGCAAGAUGCUGCAUCCGAACGUCGCUAAACCCAACGUUCAAUCUAGUUGUUGACUCUGCGUACGUUCUGAACUCGCUGACCUCACCUCUACCAAACCAAUCGUUUUCGCCUCCAAAUUGGAAACACAUCAACGGCCUCCAGCUCUCGGAUCCUCUAUACUAUCGCUCGAAGCGCAUAGAU